UAUACGAAACUAACUUGAAAUUAGGCUUAUAUUGGGUGCCGGUCGUGAUUGACGCGAAGAAGGAGGGUAAUGUCAUGCUUGUUAUUCGUUCUAUUUGUCGACAUCAUGUUGCUGUGAGUUUUAGAUGUGGUCUUGAAUGCCUUUCAAUCAUUCGAUUUCAAAGUAAUCAUGGCUUAAUUAACAAUGUCCCCCCAUCUUCACUGGGGAAUGACAACAUAGUUGAAAGAUAUGGACGUCAACAUAUUAGGUCCCUGUUUCCUACCAUUAUCUGUGCUCUUUCACAAGUCGGCCUGAAUAACGCAAAUGGUCUCGUAAGACCCAGUAAUGCUAACAUAACAUUUAUACAAAAAAGACACAAGUCAGGGCCAUCGAUAAAGAGAAAGAGAGAAGUCAAGGACAAUGAGGAAAUUAUUGACGGAGAAAUUAGUGAUUCUGAUGACUCUCCUGAUGAUGAUGAUGAUGAUGAUGACGACGACGAUGAUAACGAUGAUGAUGUAAAACCAAAAGGGAUCGACAGAGAAAAGCCAUUCCCGGAUGUUGAUUUCACGGGAGAUGCAAAGUUGUCAUCAAAUUAUAAGAUGUUGAAGGGGAAUUUAUCACAACCAAGAUAUGACUCAAUGUGCAGAUUUGGUUUCCGAAUAUCCAGCAAGAAAUUCCUGAAUGAUCUCUCUGAACAGAAAUGUAAACUAAAUGGUCUCCCUUUAAAACUGAAAAGGACAAUCGUCAAGAGCGGCGAUGCACUGGAUGUUCUGGUAGACAACGAUGAAAUGAGAAGGAUAAGGGUCGUCUCCCUUGACCAAACUUCGCCCAGAUAUACAGUUGUAUGUCUCAAGGUGUGGAAAGCUCCCUUCUCAAAGUCUUUAGUGAAGGACUUGGAGUAGUACAGAUGUUGACAGAAGCAUUUCAGAAACAGUUGGACCAGAUGGAUGAAAUCAAAAUAUACUGAAUGGUCAAGUUUUGGUCAGUAAGACAUAACAGAUGAUUAAUUCAUCAUCAACACAAAGUCCACCUGAUGGUUCCAAUAUUUACUGGGCUGGACUGGGGUUCCAUUGGACUUUGACUGGACUUGCAAAUGACUUUCAAGGUUUUACAUAGAAUGGCAAGGUGGAUGGACUGAAUGCAAUUCAAAUUUUUUACUGUGAAGCUUAACCGAUUCAUUUUUUUAAUAAAUUUCUAUAUCUGUAA